UGACUGUCGUUUAAUGUCAUAAGAAACCGGGCUUGGAGGCAGAAAAGAAGAAAGCUAAAAAAACAUAACCUCAAAAUUUCUCUAAAUUUUUUCCUUGCUCCGAUUUUCAUAUGGUUUUUCCAGUUUUUUCAAUUUUUGUGAAAAAUUAACAACAUAUACAACUGUUGAGUCUGAAACAAUCAAAAAUGAAACCUCUAAUAUUACAAGGACACGAACGUUCCAUCACCCAAAUCAAAUACAACCGCGAAGGCGACUUGCUAUUCUCUGCCUCCAAGGAUAACAAACCCAACGUUUGGUAUUCCCUCAAUGGAGAAAGAUUGGGAAGUUUCAACGGACAUCAGGGGGCUAUUUGGUGUAUCGACGUAGACUGGACGACCACUAAAUGCAUGACAGGCGCUGGUGAUAACACAUGCAAAAUAUGGGAUUGCGAAACAGGCAAGGAAACUGGAAAUAUUCCCACUGCAUCCUCAGUAAGAACUUGCAUGUUCAGCUACUCAGCUAACAUGGCUGUGUACACAACUGAUAAAGCCAUGAAGCAACCUUGUGAAAUAUUCAUCAUCGAUGUGAGGACUAUCGAUGAUAGUUUUUCACGUCAAGAACCCAUCUUAAGAAUCCCAAUUAGUGGUUCAAGAGUUUCUUCGAUAUUAUGGGACAAUUUGGACGAAAGCCUCAUAACUGGCCAUGAAAAUGGGGAAAUCAUCCAAUGGGAUUUGAAAACUGGCAAAAAAAUCAACAGCAUUAAAGAACACGAUCAACUAAUCAACGACAUGCAAUGGAAUAAGGAUUGCACCAUGUUUAUAACAGCUUCCAAGGACCACACAGCGAAACUAUUCGAUGCUGAAACCCUUAUGCUGCUAAAAACCUACAAAACGGAACGCCCUGUUAAUUCAGCUGCGAUCAGUCCCAUUGCAGAACAUGUAGUGCUUGGUGGAGGUCAAGAAGCUAUGGAAGUAACCACUACGAGCUCUAGAGCAGGAAAAUUCGACUCUAGAUUCUUCCAUUUGGUGUUCGAAGAGGAAUUCGCUCGUGUUAAAGGCCAUUUCGGGCCAAUCAACAGCGUGUGUUUCCAUCCUGAUGGAAAAUCUUAUGCUUCAGGUGGUGAGGACGGUUUUGUAAGGGUUCACAGUUUUGAUUCAUCUUAUUUCGAGUACAACUUUGACUAUUGAUUAUUUGGAAAAUGUUUAUUGUAUUUCGGAGUAUUGAUAAAUGUUUUUGUAAUAUAAGUGUCAGGUUUGAACCUCAGAUUUUUUGUGUUUU